CGCGCUCAUACCCUCACGAGGUUCGAUCAUUUUAGCCCGAGGUUGGGAUCAAUUAGGGUUUGGGGCCGCCAUGGAUUCCCCCGAUGCCAGCAAGAAUUCCGCCUCCACCGCCUCCGCCACCGCCUCCUCUCCACCGAUCAAGAUUUAUCUACCCAUCCUUCGUUUGUUGGACGGGAGUGUUGGCCGUUGACUGUCUGUGCUCAGUAACCCCAGUAAUACACUGGAUUAGGCCCCUUUGUGAACUCGCUUCAAGAAGGGUUGGGCAUUUCGUUUGUUUUUGAGGUGGGCGGUAGGGUUUUGUAGGGACCUUUUUUCGCCAGACCUGCUCAAACCUCCCACGUAGAUUUGUUGAGCGCUAAAAUGUUUUACUUGGAUUCUCAACAUGUAAAAGGAACUUGGGCAUGACCACUUCAGGUUGUCGGAUUCUCCUUUUUCUAGCUAUGUUAGCAAUUUGUCGCCUAUUCAUCAAGCUAAUGCCAGUCAUGGUUUACCAACAUAUGGAGAUCUUAAUUUCCCGUCCCCUGAACCUGUCUUUAAAUCGCCACAUUUUGUUCAGCCCAGGAAAUCAGACAUUUUAAAAAGUUCCCAAUCUCUAGCCUUGGAUGCUGUAGCUAAGUUUUCUCUUCGGCAGUCUGCUGAUGCCACAACACUCUCAGGGGACAUGCUUAGGUGUAAAUCUCAUGGUUCAGUAUCAACAGUAAAGUUGACUCCUAGCGGUCAUGAAUCUGAAGGUGAAGGCAAUCCUUCUCCUGAACAUGAAACUUGUGGUGGCUCUUCAACUUGUGUUGAUGCUUUUCUGGCUGAUACGUUGGAAAUUUGUGAUGAUGAUUCCGUUUCACCAGAAUGCUCGAAGCAAUCUGCAGAGUUGCCUCAAAAUGUACAUGGAAGCUGUACUAGCACCAACGAGAAUAUUAUAGAAACUAAUAAGAAUCGUUCUGAUCACUUGCAGUCUGUUUCUCCUUUGGCUUCAGCUUUUGUAGAUCGAUUUAUAGCUGAUCCAAGUGAGCAUUCUGAUUCACCUGAUCUGCAAUCACAACAAGCUGUGGUUCUUCCUCAACGUUUAUGUAGUGUCUGUAUCAGUACUGAAGAAAUGAAUUCUGAGAUUCAUGUAUCCCCUAUGAAGAACAGUUUUGCUUCUGAAGCUACUGAAUGGUUAAACUCAUCAUCAAAUGCUGGGAAGGAUCUAAAGAGAGAUGAAGCAUCAUUUCUUGUGAAUCUUUCUCUGCAAGAUGACAAGCCAAAAAUGGCUGAUGAAGGCAAAGAAUCUCAUAAGAUAGCACUUGAUGAGCCACUAGUACCAAUCACCACUGAUAACUGUAUGGAUACUGACUUGUUGAUGGCACCACAAGUAAAUCAAAAUAAAACAGAUGAUGUUUCUUUGAAGUUGGAUGAUAAGGGUAAAGAUGUAUCUGAUGAGAAGCCAAACAACACAUCAGAUUUUUGUUGCAACUCACAAGGCAUAUUGCAAAUUUGUGCUGCUGGAGAACAGGGUGUAUUGCACUCUUCCCCUCAAUCUCUACCAGAAUUACUUCAGGACGUUCAGGUAGUUAGCCAUGAUCCUGAUGUAUCAGGAGAGUUCAUUCUGUCAGCUGAUAACCAGACUCCAUAUGAUGAGGAUACUGCUCAGCUUCAGCGUGGGAUGCGAAAACGUCUUCAAUUUGAGGCUAUUGAGAAUCAUAAGACAGAUAGUGAAUGCAAAAAACUCAUUAAGAAUUUCAUCUGUGAUAUCACCAGUGAAGAACCACUAGAAAUUUCCUUGCACAUGAAUGCUUCAGAUCCUUCUCAUGUGAAACCAAUUGAGGCCUCUGGGAUGAAGCAAGGGUCUCAACUAAUCUCUCAAGGUCAUUUGUGCAAAUCUGUUGACAGGGUCGAUGUGUCUGGCCAAAAGAAAGGAGAUUCCUCUGUUACAGAUCCCAGGCCAUCAGGCAUUGGCUUGCACUUGAACACCGUUGGAAGUGUUGGACAUAAUAACUGUAGUAUGAUGGUGCAAGCACUAGGAAAAGAUUCAUGCAUGGAGGAGGAGUCAUUUCUUGGGAACAGUGAGCAGAUAUCACAAGGUUCAAACAGUGAGUUGGUUUCACCAGGAUUAACAGGAAAAAUUUCAUUUACAUUAACUGCAAAUUCUGAGAAACCCAUGCCUGAUAAUACCUGUGAUGAUACUGGAGACAAACAUCUCCAAAAUGAUAUGAUGGAACUUACAAUAUCUUCUAUUAGUCAUCAAACCCCACUGAGUACAAAACCUAUUGAGUGCUCCAUGCAGCCCAGGCUUACCGAUCAGUAUGUGACACCAUGUAGUUUGAAAAGGCCACUUUCAGUAGAUGACAGUAAAUUAAAUCUGUCAAGUCAAUCUAGUCCUAGAAAGAAGAGGAAGAAGGCAUCUGACAAUGAGGGUCAGAAACGAUGCAGUUGCAAGAGGUCGAAAUGUUUGAAACUCUACUGUGACUGCUUUGCUGCUGGAACAUUUUGUUCUGAAGUUUGUGGAUGCCAACAGUGCGUUAACAGACCAGAAAAUGAGGAUACUAUCCAUGAAGCCAGGCAGCAGAUAGAGUCUCGAAAUCCACUUGCAUUUGCUCCUAAGGUUGUUCUUUAUGUCAGUAAUCCUCCAAAAGACAGUGAAGAGAGUACAGGGACAACCCCAUCCUCUGCCAGACACAAAAGAGGGUGCAAUUGCAAAAAGUCACUUUGCCUCAAGAAAUACUGUGAAUGUUAUCAGGCUGGUGUUGGAUGUUCUUUUGGAUGCCGAUGUGAAGGUUGUAAAAAUACUUUUGGCAGGAAAGAUGGAUGUGCUGACAUCAUCGAAAUCGAACAUAUGAAAUCUAAGGAACAAAAGUUAGUGAGAGAUCCAUCUGCUGAAAACUCAAAGGAGAAAUUGGUUACAAGGGAAGUGAACUCACACCUAUCCCCGCUGACACCAUCAAUACAAAGCUCAAAUGGAGUCGAUGUGCCUAAGUCAUUGCUUCCUAUUACCUAUUAUGCUUCACCAGAAACAAGUGCUUCUGCUAUACAAUGUUAUGAAGGAUCACCAGGUUCUCCCAUGAAUAUGAUCAGCAAAAGUACAUUUGAAAUGGCAAGAGAAGAUAAUAUGUUGCUGGUCCCAGAUGAUCAGGAAAUAGAUUUUGAUAUCAAAGUGGACACAUUUUCUCCUGGUUGGGAUGGUUUUCCAGACAUAUGCAAUUUUAGUCCCUUACCAAAUCCCCCACCAAGUAAUGAUGGUGCCUCUGUUUCAUUUAAGACCAAAGAACCAAAGAUUUUACAGACAAGAUUAUUUCAGGGAAGUUCCUUAGUAGGCACUCCUCUUCGCUGGCGUAGUUCACCAGUCACUCCUCUUCCUCAGUUUGGUAAAAGCAAGAUACUAUUGGAGCCAGACUCUGACAAUGGACCAAAUAAAAGUGUAGGGGAUGAUGCUCCCGAGGUUUUGGAGGAUCCCUGCUCACCAAUUAAGGCUGUUACGGCAAGUUCACCCAAACAGAAACGAGUUUCUCCACCUAAAAGGCUCUUUCAGGAGACUAGGUCGAGCUCUUCAUCCGGUCUCAGGAGUGGUCGCAAAUUCAUAUUGCAGUCUGUGCCUUCAUUUCCUCCUCUUACUCCAUACAGUAAGAACAGUCGAGGAAGUGGUACAUGAAAUUCAACUCAGUGAGAUAAAUAACACUUAGGUGCUUUAAUGGUAAUUAUCAUUGAUCUACACCUCUCAGUUGUGGAUAUGAUAGUAACGCACCUUAGAGUCUUUAAGUCAAAGGUGUCUUUGCCAAUGUGUAUUUUCAAUUUGGCUAUUCAUGGUACUUGUUCUGCUGCCUGCUCUCUCAUAUUGUUAUAUCUGAAGUUUUUCACAUGCGGCUUCAUUAGACAAUAGAUGUUCAGGAAGUACACAAUAAUUGGCAUGUACACCAUGCAAUCAACUAUACUGUCGUUUCUUUGACCACACAACCCCCCUGGGGUAAUUUUUGAUGUUAGGAUGUUUACUUAUCCUUUCUCUUAGUCACCAGUGAUGAAAAAAUUGCCAUACAUAUAUAGGUUGAGUUCUUUGUAUUUAAAAUGAUCUGGACUCGAGAAAAAAAUUGCCAUA